AUGUCGUCGCCAGACGUGAGAGUCCGAAACCACACGCUUCCUCUACGCAAAGGUUCGGAGGACCCAUACCGCUCAGAGAAAUCUGCGCCUCACGUCGGGCCGGGCAAGGGUGCUGUUUCAUCUCAGCCAUCCUCAGUCAUUCGCGGUCGGUCGUCGCCAUCCGUCGGAGGCCGGACUCUCACGCCUCCUCCAACCAAAGGCACGAACGAACCACACCGCCCAGGAACUCCUGCGCCUGGCAUCGAUCCGAGCAAGAGUUCUGUAUCAGCUCAGCCGUCGACCCAUGUUGGUAACGAGACGCUCUCUUCUCAGCGCAAGCGUAAGCCUAGAGCAGAGCCCGAGGCUCCAGUACUACCGCUUUCAUGGGACGAGAACGAGUCGUCACUCGCUCCACCACAGGAGCUAGUGGGACAUGAGCCGAACGACCUGGUCACAUCCUCCAAUCCUGUUCAUCCAUCCGGAACGUCUCCCUCCCUACCAGCGAAGGCCGCGGCACCCAACACUUCGCUUUCAGAGGAAAUUCCUAACCAGCGAAAAGGUACCCACUCUCAAGUUGCUAAUUCUGGCGGCUCAGCGAUUCCUAGCUUCUUGGGCCAGAAAGCGUCAUCUUCGUCGUCCUCGAGCAAUUCUGUUCUGAAGGAUUCCAGCGCUGCCAACGAUGCUCUUUCUCCUUCUCCGAAUGUUCCGAGGAUCCUCACUGGACCUUCGCCGUCCCUCACACCAUCGCUGACAUCCUCGACUCCGCGGGCAUCUUCGAGGAAGUAUUUGUCCAAAGGAGAGGGCAGCGCUACCGGCCAUGACAAGCCGACGAAGACAGUAUGUUUAAAUACCGGCGUUGCCAAUACCGCUGUCAGUGGGAGCUUUGCUCUUACUUCUACGACGAUGCAAUUGGGCAAGCAGCAGGAUAAAUUGGAAGACCCACCAAACAGGACAAACUCCACACUCCACAGCUCUGAGCUUAGCCAUCAGACAGCAUCAUUUCCGCAGAAUACGGCUCCCGAUCUGCAGGCGAGGAACACUUCCACGGGCGCUUAUAGUACCGAUGACUUCGAUAGGGCACCCACGUCCAGUGUUUUGCCACCAGGCGGAUGGGGUGGUUGGAAGCCUUCGAAUCCUUGUUCUUCCACUUCAACGAUUCGCGACUUGUCGCACGAGAGUACCAUUCCGCCUGUAUCCCUGAAAGACAGCCGCCCACCCGCACCUCCGCCUCAGCCACAGCAGCUGCAGCCGACUUUGCCACACUCUCCUCCUAAAAGCAAUGAACAGUCUACAUUGUCAAACAAGACUCCGGAGGAAGUGCGUCUCCAUCAUCGCACCCCAUCUUCUGCGCCUGCGCCUCCUGCCAUAAAAGUCACUCAGCCCACGCCGAAGCUCCAUUCAUCGCUGUCUUUCGCCACAGGUACGAAUCUAUUGGGUUCUGGUGGAUUUGAGCAAGGCGACUAUCUUCCAUCUGCCGCUACUACUAGCCCGCGGGCAUCAGUUCCGAGCACUCGUCUGCCACAAAAGCAAGGAGCUAGUCAAGGCAGCUCUUUGCAGCCUUUGCUUCCGCCCACCAAUUCCGAUGCCGCCACUCUCCCGCCGUCAAGGAGCUUCGAUGUCCCUUCUUCCUACAUCAAAGGAAGUGCUAUCGAGGAAGAUGAGGGAGAGGCACCCACGGCUGGUGGUGCAUUAGAUGGAACUCAGUUCCAAACGAAGCAGAUGGAGAUUCCUUCGGCAAUUCAUUCACAAGAGGCUUCACUAUCGUAUGCUUUGGUGCCUUCAUACCCGCAGAAGCAGUUGUUUAAAGACGACAAGACAGAGGACUGGAACGAUCUCCCGGCUGAUAUGAUGCAACCUUCUCGCUCUUUAUCGCUCUCUGCAAAUCGCCGAUCGCCGCGGUUGUAUGCCACUCAGUCCCGUCUUGGGCCGCCGCCGCGGCCGGAGCCAAAGAUCCCAGCAACGAAUACUAGAGACGAGUCGUCGAAAGCCGCAGCGAUAAGUCCAAGUCCACUGCAGCCGAAGAGCAUCCUGAAGCAGACAUCAUAUUCGCAAACAGCAUCUACUAAUGAUCCGGCUCUGGCGGCGUUCUUGAAUGGUGGCUACGCUGGCAAGGCGAUAUCCUAUCUGCAGCCAUCGCAUCGUAGACGAUCUGUAUUUGAUCGGCCGCUGGAUUUGCCAUCUUCUCUUUAUCAGCCGCCGGCGCCGCAUCGUACUACCAGGAGUGACGACAAGGUUGAGCGCUCUGUUCUUCGACCUCGGCCUCGUUCUGUCAGCGAUUCCUCUACACACCGACCCUCUGCGGCGUCUCUCUUCUCCGGCGAAACCUGUGGAUCAUGUGGGCUGAAGCGUCUAUCGAACUUCCAUACCAUUUGGUCUCUGCACCCCGCGACCGGACAGCCCAUUUGCACCAGGUGUUCUGUUCGCGCUCCACGAGCUCGGAUCGUAGUCGGCAUGCUGCACUCAGCCCUUGAAAUCACGGGCCUGAUCUGGAGACAUCCAUACUACACCAUAUGCUCUCUUCUACUUGUCUACCUGCUGCUGUCACCAUGGAUUGUUACACUUCUUCAUCUUACAGGAGUGAUAGUCCACGACUUCUUCUGCAAUACGUCGGCCACCGAUCAGAAAGAACACACCACAGCAGUCGCAAUCGUCACCUUAGUAUCAACAUCCAUCUCAAUGCUGAAGACUCGGAACCUGCCCGCCUUCUCUGAUAUCCUUACCGAGAGCCAUGCAGUGGUAUGCGACAUCGACCUCAAAGAGUGCCUCCUUCACGAAGAGCCUCGCGAAUGGGACUUCUACACUGGCAUGCUUGCGAGGCGCGGCCAGAGCAGUGGUGGAGAAGAGGAGGAAGACCAACAACAGCAGCGGGGGUAUAUGAAGAGCUGGGAACCCGUGUGUCCUGUACCUUCGACACCCAAUCUUGCACAGUGUAAGGGCAGGGAUGUUCACCUUCUAGGGCCAGUGCAGGGAGAGAGAGAGUUGACUCAGUGGCUUGGGAAUGUGAGGGACAAGAGUCUGGAUAUCAGGGUAUGUGUCUCCCUUUGUAGGAACGAAGCUUGAUUGUGCGAAUUGCUGACUUGCGCUUUCUACUCGUAGGUGGCUUUCUACGAUCUAAGGGAGUAUGUGACGACGUACGUUACGAACGCUGACACCGAGUUGGAGAAACUGGAAAUGGUAAGUUCAUUUCCGUCCCUUAUCGAGUAUAUUGUCUGCUUUACUAAUCUUUACUACACAGAUCCUCCACAGCCCUCCUUCACCUCUGGUCAAUCAUGCCCAAUCCCUCUACGAGUCCGACAUCGUCUCAACUUGGGCCUUCCACACCGCGACAACGAAUUCGACUCUCACCUCGUGGGCGGUCCACCUCACCAAGCCCGCCUGGACAUUCUACAAGACCCUCCUACGGCCACACAUCCUCGCCCUCCCACCAAUCCAAGCGGACCUCUAUACCGCUCAACUCGCCCAACUCUACGAUUCCUUGCGCAACACCUCCGCUUUCCAAGAACACGAGCAGCGCCUCACCCAGGCGGACAAGAACUGUAUCGAUUCUCUCAAAUUUGGAGAUGCGAAGAGGGGACAGUCGUUACAGUUGCCGCGUGGAAUUUCAGCGUGGAAAGACAGGGUUGUGAGGCCGUUGUGUGAGAAGGCGGGGAAGUGUGUGCAGAAUAAUGGAGUCUUGGAGGUCUUUCGGCUUGCUGUGAAUGAGAUGAUUAGAGGAUUUGAUAGGGAGAAGAAGAAGGCGAAGGGCAGGAGUUAG